AUGGGAAAAAAUAAUGGAAAUUCCGAUGAUGAAGAUUUAGAUGAAACUGAAUUUAUUGUUGAAAAAAUUCUUGAUAGAAAAGUUGUUAAUGGUGAAGUUUAUUAUUUUUUAAAAUGGAAAGGUUUUGAUAACUCCGAAAAUACAUGGGAACCUGAAAUGAAUCUUGAUUGUCCAGAAUUAAUUGCUGAUUAUCAUAAACGAGCAAAUAAAAAAUCAUCAGAAACAAAUGAAAUAACAACAGUAAAAGAUUCAAAUAAACGACCUUUACGAAAUAGUCUUGAUCAACAAGAAUCAAUAAUUGAUACAUCAAAAAAAGUUAAACAAACAGAAGAAUAUGGUUAUGCUAGAGGACUUGAAAUUGAAAAAAUUCUUGGUGCAACUGAUGUCUAUGGAGAAUUAAUGUUUUUAAUUAAAUGGCAAGCAACUGAUAAACCAGAAUUAGUUCCUGCUCGAAUUGCUAAUGUUAAAAGUCCUCAACAUGUUAUUCGUUUUUAUGAAGAUCGUUUAACAUGGGCAAAUACAGAUGAAAAUCCAUUGGAUAAACAGUAG